UCUUUGCUCUUUGUAUACCGACAAUGGUUCCUACUCUGCAGUUCCUUUUGUUCCUUUCAGGAACUUUGCUUUUUAUGCAGACUCUAGCAGAGGCUGCAACAUGUAGCGACUGUUUCAUUCAUUCUAGGGCAGCUUACUAUCCAAAUUCUAAUGAAAAUGGAACAGACACAGGCAGAUGUGGAUACGGUUCAUUUGGAGCAACCCUUAACGACGGAGAUGUAUCAGCUGUAUCUGACCUCUACCGUGAUGGUGUCGGCUGUGGCGCUUGCUACCAGGUAAGGUGCACCGACAGUCAAUAUUGCACUGACAAAGGAGUCACCAUUGUUGUAACCGACCAUGGAUCAAGUCAUAACACUGACUUCAUUCUCAGCAGAAGAGCCUUUAGUCGGAUGGCUCAAACAACAGAUGCGGCUGCAUCUUUAUUAGCCCUUGGAGUAGUUGAUGUUGAAUAUAAACGUGUUUCAUGCAGCUAUCCAAACAAAAACAUAACCAUCAAAAUCGAUGAGAACAGCAACCACCCUUCUUACAUGGGUUUUGUCGUUUGGUAUCAACAAGGAAGGAGGGAUAUCACUGCUGUUCUCCUGUGUGAGACACAAAAUUUUGCGUGCAAGGUCUUGGACAGAACCUAUGGAGCUGUAUGGACAACUACUUCACCCCCCAGUGGACCCUUGUCACUUAGAAUGUUAUUCAGUGAAGAGGAUGGAGAUGAGACAUGGGUAGUUCCAGUCAACAACAUACCUAAUGACUGGAAAGCUGGGCAAACAUAUGAUACAGGAGUACAAGUGAACUCAUAAAAUCAUGGGAAGCAGAUAAAUUUAUCCAAACAAGCCCCUAGCUCUUCAUUUUAUUUAUAAUUUUAUCUUUUUGCCUUUGUACACUGGUAUACGGUCUAAUAAGAGAAAUUCAUGAAAGUUUAAUGUUGACUGUAAAAUUUCCAGGCAUACUAAUAAAAUUUGAAUUUUUUUUCCUUUA